CAAGAUUUUGAUAUUCUUUGUUUCUUGUAACCGUGGUAUCUGGUUCACUGUCAACCAGAACAGGCUUUCACUCCACAAAUAGCCUUGAUUACCAGCCAAGACCUCCCAAUUUCCGACCGACUUUGAUCUUUGACCCUUUUUUCAGCCCUCCAUCCCCACCAACCACCGUUCACGCGCUCUUUCUACUUUUUUUUUUUUUUUUUUUUUUUGUUAACCAACUCUCACCUGGUCGCACCCUGCAGACCGUCCCAUACUACUACGACGCCACACGAAGCUACAACUCGCAAACAAUUCCAUACCUCAGAUACCCAAAGUGCCUUACUCAGGCUCUCCUGCGCGGCGACGAUAAUAAGCUUUUUCAAUUCCGUCACGAUCCCGGCUUCGACAAUUCAUGCAUCAUUUGUCGCUGUCGCUCUCGAGUCCCAAAAAGUAGAGACGAUCAAACAUCGGCGUUGAUCCCUGUUACCCCCCCCCCCAAAGGAAGGCAGGCACCGCUUGCAUAUAAUACGACAGCUUUUCAGAUACCCCAUUCCGUUUCGAGCUCUUCUCGAUCAAAUCCUACACAAUUAUUCCACAAAAGAGAAAACGCACCUCACCAUCGCCAACCGCGAUGGAUGUACCAGAACAACCAACACGGGCCAAUCCGGCCCCCCCAAAGAUGGACAGGUCCGACUCUUCGUCGGGCGACGACAACGCCUCUCCACCAGUCCCCGCCCCCAGCUUCAACCGACCCCGACUACCGAGCAGGAAGAGCAGUGGUACCAUAAUCGUCCCUCGCGACUCAAUAGAGGCGAGGGAACCUCAUCAUGUGCAGUACGAAAUGGAUGAUGGUGCGAUGAGCCCAAGGAGGACGACAGAGGACAUUGAGGCGCUUGGGAAACAGGCCAGGGACGAGCUCAGAAUGCACGCCAAGGCACUUCAAGAUUCGCUCCUCAUGAUCUUCAACCGAAUAGAGGCUGUCAAGGAGGAACACGACAAACUCGACAGCAACAACAAGUUCUUGCAAAAGUACAUCGGCGACUUGAUGAGCACGAGCAAGAUCACUUCGACCGGCGGCCGCGGCAAGAAAUGAACGCACACCCCCCUACGCAGGCCGAGCCGGGAGUUGAAUGGGCCAUUUGGACAGAGCACUCAGUCACACUUGCUGGGCCGCGUUCUGUCUUGGCGGAGGAGGAAAGGCGUCAAAAGGCGGAGUUCGUGCGAUGACGAAAACCGACAGCGCACGGCUGACAAAGAAAAAAAAGUUCUUCCCGGAGAUGGAAUGAAUUGAUGCGCGACUAUUUUUUUUUGCCUCGAAAUUGCGUCAUGUCAGCACCGUGCCACAGUCUGACGGACCGUACGACCACCGUCGACAAUCCUCGAUAUUGAUAUGGCCAGCGUCAGCGUCUAGCGUCUUGCGUCAGCAUUGAUAUCGACUUUUUCAUGCGCUUGAUUCAGUUGCACAGUCGCGACUGGGUACAUCUACUCAACAAGGCGGUCACUGUAUACUCGUAUACUCUUUUUCCUUUCAGUGGCUGAGGCACAGGCUCCAUUCCAUGUUGACGCUGAGUGAUGCAGUUGAGGCCAUGGGGUUGACAGCCUCGGCAUCCUGCCUUCAUGGCGACAAGCAAAGCCACCAAUGCAUGUUACACCAGUCACCGUUUAUUUUGACGUUGACAGAACCAUAAAAAGAAAAAGAAAAAAAAACCGGGGGAUGAGUGAUCAGAUUUUGGAAUUCUUGGGAUAUAUUCACUACCCUCUUGGGGAUGCAAGCACCGACCGGGCUGUUUAGCACCCUUGGUCCUUUUACCUUUGGCUCCACUUCUAACUUGUUAUAUGAGACAGCACGCUCCAAUGCGUCAAUUUUGUUCUAUUUCCUUUCAACACAGGCAACAUUUUGUACGGGCGUUUAUGGGAUCUUGGGCUAUGGCAUGGCAAGGGUCAUUGUUUUGGGCGUUUUGUUUUCGGCAUGGCAAACCACUACUCAUCAAUGGUUUUAAGCUAUAUUAUCCUUGACAUUUGCUAAUGUGUCAAGUCAUGAGGACAAUAUUGAACCACAUUAUAUGUAUAUGAUGCUACUUGGGAACUACACGUGUCUUGCAACGACCAACAAUUCUUUUGAACCAAGGAACUACCUACUUUCGUUUGAUGACAG